AUGUCUCUGGUUAAUUUUUCCAAGAUGUUCGGGCGUGUAACCCGUCAAUCCAAGCUGGGCUUGAACAUGGUCCAGAUCCGCAAAUCGCACAUGGUGUCGGUACACAGAGAUUCUCCAGAGGAUAACCCAAACAUACCUUUUGAAUUCAACGCUGCCAACCUCAAGCUUGCCGAAGAGGUGAUCGCCAAGUAUCCUCCUCAAUAUAAGAAGGGUGCAUGUAUGCCCCUGCUUGACCUGGGGCAGCGCCAGCUCGGGUUCACGUCUAUUUCCGUGAUGAACUACGUUGCCAAGCUGUUGGAUAUGCCCCCAAUGAGAGUCUACGAAGUGGCAACUUUCUACACAAUGUACAACAGAAAGCCUAUGGGCAAAUACAAUAUCCAGGUGUGUACCACAACACCAUGUCAGUUGUGCAACUCAGACUCUGUGAUGGAGGCCAUCAUGGACCAUCUGCAAGUCCAACCUGGUGAAACCACCAAAGACAACCUCUUCACCCUCCAGGAAGUGGAGUGCUUGGGUGCAUGUGUGAAUGCACCAAUGAUCGCGAUCAACGAUGAUUUCUACGAGGAUCUAACGGCCGACAAGACUGUUGCUAUUUUGAAGGCAUUCCAGAACGGUGAGACCCCAAAGGCUGGUCCUGUUUCCGGAAGGGAUACCUGUGAGCCAUCCUCAGGUCCAAAGACUCUUCUGGGAGACGAGCCAGUUGACAUCAAGAAGUUUACGAGGUCUGAUUUGUAG